GGGGUGAUGAGCGUUUCCACGUGCUCACGGUGUGUGUACGUGUGUACACGUGGCUGUCCACGCUGCGCAUGUGUGGUGUGCGUUUGCUGUGCGCGUGCAGCGUGUGUCGUACUCGUGCUGAGGCUGCUCGACGUGCGCGUGCUCGAGCCCGUCGGGGCGGGAUCCCCCGUGCGCGCCGUGGCCGUGACGUGGCGUUGCGGGAUGCUGCGGGCGCUGCCGCUGCUGCUGCUGGUGUCGGUGCUGGCGGCAGGGCUCGGCCCAGGACCCCCCCGGCACCGCGGGGCUGAGCUGCGGGACCUGGCCCGGGGCAAGGUGGAGACCUGCGGCGGGUGACGGCUGAACCGCCUGAGGGAGGUGAAGGCGUUCGUCACCCAGGACAUUCCCCUCUACCAUAACCUAGAGAUGAAGCAUCUGCCUGGUGCUGACCCUGAGCUUGUGCUCCUCAGCCACCGAUACGAGGAGCUGGAGAGAAUCCCCCUAAGCGACAUGACCCGGGAGGAGAUCAAUCAGCUGGUGCAGGAGCUGGGUUUCUACCGCAAGGAGACGCCUGAUGCCCCUGUGCCCGAGGAGUUCCAGUUUGCACCUGCCAGGCCUCUGCCCCCACUGCCACCUCCCCAAACUCCCACUGCUGAUGGCCACACCCCAGCCAAACACAACGAGGGAGAACACCCAGACCUCUAAUGAGGGGUGCUGCAGCCAGGAGAAGGUCCUGCAGCCAGUCCCUGGUGUGCAGGGAUAAGGACAUCACAGCAGCUGGGGAUGGUGCUGCGGAGUGGCAGAGGUGCUCCUGUUGUUGCUUGGUGCUGUGUAGCCUCUGUCCCAAGGAUGCCCUGAGCUGCCCCAGCCUUUAUCAGGGGUUUCAUGGGCAUUGUGGCCCUCUCAGGGGUGUGCAACAAGCACACAGGACUUGUUGCACACACCUUCCCCUGCAGCCCAGCAUUCCCAGACGGUCAGAUGUUCUUUGUGCUCCCUCUCAGUGCCCUGAGAUUUAGCUGACGCCUGGCGUUGGGCAGCGAUAUCCUACCUGCGUGGGACAGGAUGAAACCCUCAGCAGAAAGCCUCACGUGCUGAGGGUUGAUGUGUUGAGUCCUGGAGGUGGGAAAGCUGCCCCCAGAGGGGUUAUGGCUUUAUGCCCCAGCAGGAUUGUCUCAUAUCAAGCCCCCAGUAAAGCCCUUGCAUACUAUC